UCACACUCUGGCUCUGGCCUUUGACAGCCAUUGCUGCCAACCCUCCGGCACCGAAUCGUGAAUUUCGUGCGUGAAAACAUAAAAAUUCGAGACUCUCCCUCAGUGCAAUACUAUUAUUGUCCCACAGUUCGGUGUUUGUCCCGUUCGACGAUAGAAAUAAAAACAAUCAAAUUAUGGCUUCCAGUCGGCUUCAUCGGGUGUUUUUGUACAGCUUUGCCAUCUGCCUGUUCGGCACUUUUGUGACAAUCGCCGCGAAAAUCUUCCCCAUUGCCAACCUGCCCACCAGUACCAAUGUCAUCAUCAUCGGCACAUGUAUGGCUAAUUUGAUUUCGGUGGUGGCGCUGAUAAUUGGAAUCGUGGCGAAACGACCGGAGCUGGUGAAAGCCGUUAAAAUAUUCAGCUGGAUUCAGUUGGGUGCCAUCUGCUUCCUGAUUGGCCUGGCACUGUUUCUGCUGUACGUGGUCAAGGUGGACGUGGAGCACUACGACGAGCGGACGAAGAAGGAACUGUGAGCACUUGGCAUGGGCAUGCCAGGAGAACUGAAGUCAACUGCUGUUCGAUACGAAAGCGAUGAAGCAGGAAAAUUAGGAAGCACUGACUGAGAACGGUAGACAGGUUUCUGGGUGCUUCAAAAUGUAAACAACCAAUCGAUUUGUGUGUUUGUGUGUAGAACGACCCCUAUGUGAUUCCAUCGAAUUAAGAAUAAAUCGUACAUGUAAAUACAAAAGUAAA